CUUUGAGUUUGGCAUUCAGAGUUCGCGCGUACAAUUGUGAGCAGCAGCGGCGCUGCGCGUGUUGAAAGUCGAGCAUCAGUUAAAUUAAAAUCACCGUUUAAAAAACUGUAUUCGGUUUGAUUUUGAAAAGUAAUUUGUUUAUGAAGAGGCUUGGGCGUUGGGGUUGUGAAUAAUGUUGGCACAGGAGAUUGCACCAACGGAAAUUGGCAAACACGCGAACAUUAUCAGAGCUGCCCAGGAGGAACUGGCAAACAUGGACGUUCUCGUGUGUGGACGCUGUUUGAGGGCGUACAACUUCGUGGAGGAGUUUCAAGCUCAUAAGGAGGACGCUUGUGAAAAGGAAAACGCGAAUCUAAAAGAAACUCUUGACUCCAAGCCCACUAUUUGGGCUUUCACACUUUGGAAGGCCACUCAGCUUCACACACGCAAAGAUGCCAAUUCGGGAAACUCGUGGGCCCUUUACCAGCAUUGGGUGAAGCUGGAUGACAGUGUACGAGAGCCAUGGAUCGUGGCAGGCAAGACCAUUCAGUCUUUCGGCAAAAUUGCCCAUGGCCAGCUUCAGGACAUGCCGGUUCGCAUAACCAAGACUGUGGUUAAUCCAAACAAUAACAACACGUCCAACAGCAAUAAUAACUCGAGCGUCUCUCCUACAAGAAAAUCCCCGGCUGGUAAGCUUCCUACUGUGGCCAACCAGCUGAAGGACACUGAAAACGAACGGCCAAAGUCAAAGCCAGGAACGCCGACACUACCAACAGCUUCCUCUGGAGCAGUCAAGCCUAACAACCGCAUCGCCAUUCGUAUUGACUCCAAGACAGAGCAGCGCACCGAAGAGCCAGUUGAAAAGAUAGUGGCAAAGCGAUUUAAUCCGCGUCGAAAGACCCACGAGUAUUUAGUAAAGUGGGUGGAUCGCUCGCACCACGAGAACACCUGGGAGGUGAUGGCCAACCUUGAACGAGUACCAUACUUUCUGCAGAUGUUCGAAAAGCAACUGGCGCGACAAAAACUUACUAGGGAGAAGGGUCUGGAUGCACUAAAGCGAAUGCAGCCACAAGGGUCGUCUUCAAAGGCGGAUAAUGCCGCUCCACUCAGCCCGGCCUUGGCGCCAUCGCAAAUAUCGCCUUCAUCUCGGCCCUCGCGUACUUCCAAAACCAAAGCUAUGGACUCGUUUAAGCAGUGGGUCAAUGAGACGGGUGGCGGUGAUGGUUCCUCUUCGCCAUCCUCGGCCAACGAGGAUGAAUCCGCUACGGAACAAGAAUGGCCACCCUCGACGGGGCCAGUCAAGCGCAAGCUUAACCACACCGACUCCAGCGUCGAAGGCAGCGGUCUAAACGACUCGAUGGACCUAGAGGACCUUGAAGAGGAUCUGCCAUCACACACUGUAAAGCGGUUGAAGAACGGAGGAAGCUCCGUGCAGCUGAACAAGCCAAGGGUCCAGUCUACGGAAAAGCAGCAGUCUAAAAUUAAUGGUAACUCCACAGUGUCGGGAACAGAGCAGAGAAUGGGUGAAAUUAUAUACACAGAGGACAGUACCAGCUCGGGAAUGUUCAGAAAGCCCGAGAUGCCUAACACCCUGCAACUGAAAAAGGAGAAGCCUGAGUGUCCGGUGCGGUAUCUCUCACGCUCCGAGGUGGCCAGCAACACGAGAGGUGUUUUCCGUGUUGAAAGUUCUGAGGCAUCGGCCUCAGCAUCUCCAGCAGCUGCGCCGCCACAGAAGGUCAGCUCUGCACAAGUGACCACAGGAGUACCCAAGCGCCUGCCCAUGGCACGGCCAACACACUCCGGCGCUAAUUCCCCCAUCACUGUGGGCCAGCGACAACAGGUAUUGCGCACUCCCGGCCAGGGUCCCACGACAACCGCCAUCCAACGUCGACCUGGAAUGAGUGGCACAACACAGGUGCGCCAGGGCCUGCAGCAGACACCGGGCCGGGCUCAUCCGGGUGGUCGAGUCCUAGCACGUGCUGGUGUUGGAACGCCGCAACAACGUCAGCAUCCGCAAACUUUACAGGGCGCUAAAGCAGUGACGCCAGAGCAAAAAAUUCUGCAGCUUUCAAAGUCGGGUGACUUGAAAGUUACUCGUAAGGUGGUAACCCGAGAGGAGCUGAUGGCCCAGCGUUCUGCUCAGGCCCGCCAGCAACGCCAAGUGCAGGUCCAGCAGCAGUCAUCCCAUAUGCAAAGAAUUACUCCUAACCGGCAAAGAAUAGCUCCCAAGCCAGCGAUCCAGCCAACACCCUUGCAAAUGGAGCUGGAGGAGGAGGUGCAUCAGCACCAGGCUCAGCUCUGUCCGAUUACCGGAAAGCUUAUUGGUCAGGAGGAGACACAACUGCAAAUGGAGCAGGAGCAGCAGCAAGAGCAACAGCGCGAACAGUUGGAGGCCGCAGCACAGGCGCUCCUAGGCAGUGAUCAACAAGUUCUCACCAACGAAGACGGCUCAGCUUUGCUGGUGCGAGGAGAAGAUGGCACGGUUUAUCAGGUAGCGGGAAAAAAUGCGGAAGGUCAAACCAUACUUGUCACUCAGGGUCCAGAUGGAGAACAGCAAUUUGCUUACGUAGCUGCCGCUGAGGGAGAAGAGCAGGAUGUUCUGUCUCUUGACCACGCAGUGGCCGAGGCCGUUCAGGCCGGAGAACAGGUUGAGGCGCAUGGUGUCACAACGACUUCAGCGGACGGCGAGCAGAUUCUUGUGUCCAUGACGGAGGAGGAGCUGGCUCAACACCAGGUGCUUCAACAAGCGGAGGCUUCUGCAGCAGGUACCGGAACUCCCGCCACGGCCCAGAUCCAUAUCACGACGUCAGACAGCGAUGGCACGGAAGCCCAGAUACCAGCCGAGGUGGUACAAGCAGAUCUGCCUUCACCGGGAGGUACCCGUCGCGUCGUUUUGUUGCUACAGGAUGGCACCUUCAUGAUGACUGAGAUGCACGAAGAGCAAUUCAAGACGCUCAACAUCCCGACGUAAAAACAUGUGUAUAGUCUCACCACAUAGACUUAGGCGUAGUCCAUAAGCCCAUAAUUUUGAAAGGACCUGACGUUGCUAGGUUACUCCCACCUUCAGUUUCGUUUGGCAUUAGCCAUUCCCCCACGAUAGGCCACAAGUAUUCAUAACCCAUGACUCAGGGUCGUGUUUGCUAGUGGUUUUAAAAUGAUAAGCUUGUCGAGAGCAUACCAGGAUGCGUCAGGUAACGGCAAUAGAGGACGAUGGAAUAAAUUAUGCGUAUACAUACAAAAAUUAAAACAUUUACCCCUCGGGGCAGAUUUUUGCUACUUACCUUAACGAUUAAAUCGGUUCACUAAAAAAUUCUAAUGAUCCAAACUAGUGAAGGAAGCCCCUUGAGGAAUGUUUAUGUAUUGCGUAAUCACAGUUCUGAUUUUGUAAUAAAUUGUUUAAACAAAAAAUGCAUUUACUUAGCCCGCUCCUAAGCAAUGAUUGCGUAAAACAUGAAAUGCCCCUUAACUUUGAACUUGUAUAACUUUUAAACACGCAGUUUAGGAACAUUUGAGAUUCUAUAGCGUAGAAUCGCAUCGCGUCGCAAAAUGCAAUAUGUGCAUUUCAGUUGGAAAAUUAAGAAACAAAGGCAAACUUAGCAGUAGGUAAAAUUACGAUAGAUAUGAAUUGUAAAUUAUUUAAGUAAUUUUAAUCUAGAGAACUAAACAAUAUCAGCAUGUUUAUUCAUUCAGAACAUACAAAGAGCAACUGCGGGAGAGCAAAACCUAGAAUGUUGUAAUUAGGAAUAUCUCAGUCCUUGACAUUCGCUUAGACCUUACUUGUAUUUCUUCAGAAGCCGAAGCUCCACAGCGGUGCAGAUUGAUAAGGGAUAAAAAAUGCCGAACAUUAAAUUAUCGAGCCCAAUAAAGAAAAGAUUGCAGUCAAA